AUGUAUCAGUCAAUGGAUUUUAAAGGGUAUGAUUUAUCGAAUGAAAGUGAAGAAAUUGUACCCAUUGGAUCCUUAAAUCAUCUAUCAACAAAAUAUGAGAGCUUAGAUUAUGAAGUCAUUGAAAAUGAAUUGUACCGCGAAGAAGAACAAAAAAAAGGUUAUAGAUAUGUUGUACAAAAAGAUUUUUCUAGGUGGAUGACAUUUUUUUGGAUUGGGGUAACAAUUGCCUUUAUUGGAAUAAUAAUUUUUAUUUCCAUUGAAAUUGGGACUACUUUUAAGUUCAACAUGAUCAAAAAAUACUUUGAUGGUUGUACCGAAGCGGAUUGUAUGGUUAAACCAUAUUUUGUGGCCCUUUUACUGAACUUAAUUCCUUCAUUAGUUGGAUCAUGUCUUAUAGUUUAUGUUGAGCCUAUGGCUAAAGGUUCUGGUAUCCCGGCUGUGAAAUGUUUUUUAAAUGGAAUCAAAGUACCAAGAUUGAUUAGACUGAAAACAUUGGUUGUCAAAGUGAUCGGUGUUACGUGUGUGGCACUUGGUGGUAUGUGGGGUGGUAAAGAAGGUCCUAUGAUUCAUGCAGGAUCUAUAGUUGCCGCUGGAGUUUCACAAGGAAAAAGUACAACAUUCAAUAAAGAUUUGGGUGCAUUGAAUUUUUUCAGAGAAGAUCAUGAAAAAAGAGACUUUGUAUCUGGAGGUGCUGCAGCAGGAAUAGCUGCCGCUUUUGGUGCUCCAGUUGGUGGCCUGCUAUUCAGUUUAGAAGAGGGUGCUAGUUUCUGGAAUCAAGCACUUACAUGGCGAACAUUUUUUGGAUCUAUGGUUUCAAUGUUCACAUUACACUCUGUUUUAAGCGCUUAUCAUGGACAUCCAGGUGACCUUACAUAUAAAGGUUUGUUAAAUUUUGGAAAAUUUGAUGAUCUAUCAUAUCAUAUACUCGACAUUCCUGUUUUUGUACUGAUGGGUAUAGUUGGUGGCUUGACGGGAGCACUGUUUUGCCAUUUAAAUCUCAAAUUAUUUAUAUUCAGAAAAAGAUAUGUUAAUAAGGACUGGAAAAAAGUUUUGGAAGUUUUAAUUGUGUGCGCAACUACAGUGACUAUUAGUUUUUUACUCAUUCUGUUUACUAGUGAUUGCAAGAAAUUAGGACUUGAUCCAACAGAUCACCCUAUUCAGUUUGGAUGCAAUGAUGGUGAAUUCAACGCUAUGGCUGCUUUAUGGUUUCAGCUCUUAGAGGGAACAGUGCGAUCACUGUUUCAUGAUACUCCUGAUGUUUUUAAUACAACUACGGUAGUUUAUUUUUGUAUAUGUGCUUAUUUCAUAACAUUAUGGACAUAUGGAGUACAUUUUAGUGGCGGUGUAUUAAUACCUGGGCUGUGUACUGGAGCAGCAUGGGGACGUCUUGUUGGACGAGCGGUAUUUCAUUUUUUUCCAAAUACAAAUAUAGGUAUUUAUUCAUUGAUUGGUGCUGCAUCACAAUUAGGUGGAAUCACAAGAAUGACAAUUAGUUUGACAAUUAUACUAGUAGAAGCUACUGGAAGUAUAACAUUUGGCUUACCACUUAUGAUUUGUUUAAUGACAGCUAAGUGGGUUGGAGAUUUUUUUUCUGAAAGCAUAUAUGACACACAGAUUGAGUUAAGCGGUAUGCCAUUAUUAGCUUGGGAUCCACCUCCAUUAUCUUCUAACAUUUAUGCCAACAAUUUAAUGACACAUCCAGUUAUUACAUUUAAAACUAAAGAAACAGUUGGAAACAUUGUAAAAAUAUUAAAAAGAUAUUCACAUAAUGGUUUUCCAGUAAUUGAAUACGUACAGAAUUAUGAAUUAGAUGAAGGCAAAACUAAAUGUUAUCUACGUGGUUUAAUAUUACGAUCACAACUAAUUGUACUUUUGGAAAACAAAGUAUUUGAUGGACCCCUGACUAAUUAUUGGGACUCUGUUACAAUGGAAACUUUUAGAGAAGACUAUCCUAGGUACUCAAGUAUUGAAGAUAUUGAACUACUGCAGAAUGACCUUAAACUAACAAUUGAUUUAUCGCGAUUCAUGAAUCCAUCUCCAUAUAUCGUCCAACAUACUAUGUCAUUGCCACGUGUUUUUAAAUUAUUCAGAGCUAUGGGACUUCGGCAUAUAGUUGUUGUGAAUGAUUCAAAUGAAGUUGCUGGGAUUGUCACACGCAAAGAUUUAGCUCGAUAUAAAGUAAUUAGACACAUGGGUAAAAUCAGUGUAACCGAACUAAAGUUUUCAAGCAAAAUGGAUUAG